AUGAGGGGUACGGCCCCCGUACGGGUACAUGGUGUGCUCUGCGACAAAUGCGGUAGCGAGCACCUCACUUUCGCUAACAUAGCGAUGUUUACAGUACAGGUUGAAGGGAAGCCGUUGGGUUGUCCAGAGGAAGGUUGGCGAACGGGAAACACUGUCGUUGAAUACGAAGUCAGUCGUCACCAAGUCGUCACCGACAAAAGGAAACGCGUGAUGAGGUUGUUGCUGGGAGUCGGGACACGCCGUGCGAAUGUCAUUCAAAGAAUCAAAGGUGUUUUCGUCUUCUUUUCGUCGAUUGUAACUCCCUCAUUGCCUGCCAAUCUCAGUUUCGAGCACUACCGUUAUCCCAACCGCACAAUUCAGGAGCUUCUCUCCAUCAUCUUUCAAUAUGUCCGCAUCCCCAAAACGCUGGCCGGGCACGACUCGCAAGGACGUGUACAGAUUUUCGAGACCCGGCCUUGA